CUUCAGAAUCGGAGCAUAAUGCAGAUUCCGAAUCUCAGUCUUGAGUUCGGAGGGUCUUUGAAGAAUGUGCCGGUAUCAUACACUACACUAGGCUCUCUUUCGCCGUCAAAAGACAAUGCCAUCGUGAUAUGCCACGCCUUGAGUGGAAGUGCGGAGGUUGGCGUCUGGUGGCGGUCAUUGCUAGAAUACGGAGCUGGCGCAGCUCUCGAUCCAUCAAAGCACUUUAUUAUUUGCAUGAACUGCCUGGGAUCUCCCUAUGGCACUGCCAGCCCCUUGACUGAUAGGGACGGAGAUGCAUCAUUGGGUCCUUACGGGCCGGACUUCCCGUUGACCAGCAUUCGAGACGACGUUCGACUUUUUCGCAAGGUCCUUGACCGCCUAGGAGUGGUACGAAUCCAGUCAGUCAUUGGCGGCUCGAUGGGCGGAAUGCAUGUCUUGGAGUUCGCCCAUUUUGGCACUGAAUACGUCAAGAGUAUUAUCCCAAUUGCAACAUCUGCAAGCUACAGUGCAUGGGGUAUUGGAUGGGGAGAAAUGCAACGACAGUGCAUAUAUAUUGAUCCUCGGUUCCGAGAUGGACGCUAUAGUCGUAAUGAUCCGCCUAAACAGGGUCUCGCAGCCGCUCGAAUGGCCGCAAUGCUUUCCUACCGAAGCCAGAAGUCCUUUCAAACCCGUUUUGGUCGCAAAGUGCACGACGGUGCAAUUGAAACAACUGCGAAAGAAAGUCAACUUGCUCCGCUUGCUGUUCAAUCUUACUUGCAAUACCAGGGUACUAAGUUUGUCGACAGAUUCGAUGCUAAUUGUUACAUUGCACUCACACACAAACUUGACACGCAUGACAUCUCUCGUGAUCGAUCGCCGACCGUGCAAGACAGUCUGGCGACGAUCAAACAGCCAGCGCUCAUACUCAGUAUUGAAACCGAUGUACUUUUUACGAUCGAAGAACAGUUGCAACUUCACAGAUGGAUUCCGAACUCAAUCCAUCGGGCCAUAAUUUCCGACGAUGGCCACGAUGGAUUCUUGUUGGAGACGGACCAAAUCAAUCGGUUCAUUGGGAGCUUCCUGAAAAGGUUAGACGGUAAUGAUCCGGUGGACGGCACGUCUCCUACCGGCAAAAGUCGGGGCCUGCUGAGGUCUGCAUGGCAGUCUAUUGCUACUAGCGCGUUGUGGAUUGUUUCAAACUUGAAUUUCCGUGGAGGAAGAUGAAAGGAAUCCAUCAUUGACCUGUUUUUCGUUUUUAUCUUGAUCUCACUUUCAUCCACACAAGUUCACCAGCUUCGUGGACAAUAUUUGCUUCCCUGUGUCCUAUUAAAGGAGCAUUUCUGUCUGUAUACAUCCUUGUAAGAAUCUCCAUCUCACGAUGAAGACAGACCGAUGGAAUCCUCAACCCUCCGAUCUUCAAUUUCACUUCUGAUCACGUCAUAGCCAGCACGUAUUGCAGUCCAAGGAAAGAGAAUACUAAACAUUUAGAAACGGCCACCUUAGGAAAUACAACGUUUCGAGAAGAAAGCAGACUCGAUUCUUUCUCAAGCCUCCAGGCCAUAGCACUCG